AGCCGUGGUUUGACUCGGGGUAUAACUCCGCCUAUUGAUCAAAGACCAUCCUCCACCCUUUUGUCUUUUCUCCACUUUGUUAACUUCAAUAAAAGCCUCGUGGAUUUGGGGCCAGCUGUGUAAACCUCUUGGCAUGCCUCCGUUUUUACUUGGUGGGAUUUUAACGCGUUGGAGCUGAACCACACCAGAAGCCGAUAGGAGAUUUUUGACCCUAUUUCAUUAUAAUUAUAAAUCGACUUUCAUGGAUUAUAUGUGGAGAUUAUUUACGAAAGCGAAGAGGUGUCAACAGGAUGAACUGAUAACAUCUGUUGGAGGCCGGUGCAGAUAGGUCUACUGAGUGACAAGAGGCUGGAUGAGGCUAUGUUUUACCCAAACCUUUACAUCUUAAUUUCAGACUAGGUUGUGGGGAAAACAGACUAAGGACGGAAACACUGACAUCCCUCUCCCCCAGUGACUCACCCUAACCCUUACCAGCUUAAUCUGGGGGAUCCCAAGGCAUUCCCAUCCAGGCCAGAAGGGAUGUAUCCUCCAUCAUGAUCUGGGUCUGGAGCCAUAUCAGUGCUUCGCAGCAACAUCUCCAGAGGAUGAGCCGCGAAUCCAUGCAGACACUUGCAGACCCAGUGUUUCGAAGCACGAUGCCCUUAUUUGAUGGAACGGUAGCAUCCAGUGGACUCACAAAACCACAAGCUAUGCCUGGUUUCCUGGGUAAGCAGACAGUGCAGUACAAUGGAGCCUAUUUUGCUUAUGAACCCAGAGUAAAGGACAGAGAAGGAUUCACCCCUCCUUGGAGCCACUCGAAGACAUCUCCGCUGGAUGACAGAAGUCCUGUGAGUCACCUCUCUGGAAUGGUACAAAACCACAUGGCAUACAGGAAAGACAGCAUUUCUUCAGAGGGAAGUCAUCACACCCCGGUUAAGAAGGGUUUUAUAGUGUACACUAAAAGUCCUGAGAUGAACAGUCCAACAGCUGCUUGUUCUGCGGUGAUUAGAAAACCAAAACCAGGAGGUGAGAAUUCCCCCUCUCCAUCUAAAAGCUCUGUUUACCUGGCAAUUCCCAAGCCGGUCUAUGGACUCAGUCCCUGCUGUAAUGAACUGGGCUGUGUGAUAGGACACCGUUAUGGCAUGGAUCACAUCUCUCCUAGAAUACCAACCAAUGUUUAUGAACAUGAGUGGAUGCAAAGCAAUGGCCACUACCUUGAAAAGCUCCCAAUUCAGAGAAAAGAUGCACUGCAGCAGAAUGAUUUACAGUUUGAAUGCAAUGCAGAACAGCUGAAGAGGGUAACUGUGGAGGCAUACAGUCCGAGCAGGGUCAGGGCUCUGCCCUCUUUGACUGAGCCAAGCUACAGCAGCUACCCCUGCACCCCAACUCGUACACUGUUUGGUUCUUUCAGAGAGCCCAGCAGUCAACCACUGCAGACCUCCCCCGCAGGCUAUCCCGGCCUGUACGCCCCCCGUCCCACAUAUGAGCAUAUGACCUCAGAGGUUUAUCAGGAAUGUUCUCCCAUGUCCAAAUAUGGCCAGCUUGCACAGCACCCAGGGUUUUACUACUCCCAGACAAACGGAGAGGUGGAAAACAGGACACAGAGAAAAGAGAGUGGUAGUAAGCAGGGAGAAGAUGGCCCUCUCCUUCAUAAACACUUGAUCUCCCCCCGAGAGCAUUACGUAGUGCCUCAGCCGCAUCAUGCUGAAAUUCCUUUGUCUUGCACUGAAAUGUUGCCAAAUCAUUCUUUUAUACAGGGUUAUGACUAUCCAUGUUACACAGUUCCAAGAUUUCAUCUAAAGGCGAGCCAAAUCAGGGACCCUUUAAAAAGGCAAAAUUCAUUAUCUGGAUUUCACCCGAGUAGCAUGAAUGCUCCCUCUUCCAGCCAACACAUGGAUUACCCUAUAGCCAAAGAGAAACCCAACACUGCCGUACAUAUUGACCAGCUACACAGUUCCUCAUCUAUCGUACGCGUGAACAAAAGCAGUCCUGCAAGACGUUUAAACCCAGCUGCUGUCUCACCAUCUAGCACACAAGUUGGCAGGUUCUUCCAACCAUUUACCAGCCUGCACAUAGAUCCACCAGUCCAUCUACAACCUGUCGUUAACAUGGACAGAAUCCUAGAACAUUCCCCUGCUGAAGCCCAAGUGAAUCAGCCAAAAAGCCUUCCUGUGUCCCCAGCACCUUGGCUGCCCCCCUCACCCAGCCACUGCUCAGAAAGAACCCACACAGCUGCGCCCAAUAAUGUCCGAAAAAUUAUCUAUUCCCCCGGUGUUACGGCAGGAAGCAAGCACAAUGGGCCGGUGUCUGACGCAGGAACCAGCGACUAUAAAAAGUGCCCAACGCAGAGCGUUUCUCACUCAUCUCACCCCUUCAGAAUAAAAGAUGAGGAUGUGUAUGAGGUGGAAUGCACCAACAACAACAAACGACAAAAGGUGGAAAUUGAGAAAGCUAAGGCAAGUAAGAAAACUGACUCACCACCUAUGCCAGUUAUUAACAAUGUGUUCAGCUUGGCACCUUACCAGCUGCACCUGCAGGAUCCGGGAGUUUUGUUUCCAGGAAGAGAACCUCAGAGAACCUCCCAGACUUCAGAGAAGCACAGUGACAAAGUCAAGCCAAACAGCAAAGAGAAGAGAUUAGAUCAAAAGAAUCAAGCGUCCGUCAUCCGACUAGAAUCUAAAAGCUCCUCGCAUACCUCGGCUGACGAGUCUUCUGUCCAAGCUAAAAAGAUUAAAGUGGAAAAAGUAGAUUCACCAGAUGUAAGCAACUCUAUAGAGAGCCAAACCCAUCACAGCAAAGUGGAAAUGAAGAAGGAGCCUGAGGAGACUCAAUCACCUACCAGUGUGCAUGUGGCAUUGAAAGAGAAAUGUGAAUCCAGUGAACUGAAACAUACGUCAUUAUCUGCAAGUGAAAAUACAACUUCAGAUGAGAUGAAAUGUGCUGACUUGACUGUACAAAUGGAUCCAAAUCAUCAGGAUGAGACAUUAAAAAGCCAGGUGUUUGCAUUGCAUCCAAAACCCAACUCUCUGUCUCCAGGGAAAGUCAGUUUUAAAAGCAUUCCUCCUCAUUGCCUUAAACUUUCCACCUACAAUAUUAUCGUUCCUGAUAGCAAGCGCUGCAAAACUGCUCUACCUGUGGAGCACAAUCCCCACCCACAGCCCAUACCUGUACUUACAGCCAUACAAGAGUGCCAAACUCCAGCACGCAAGCACUUCUUAGAGCUGCACCAAUCUCUCUGCAGCUUGAUAUCCAAAUAUGUGUCUGCUUCUUCAGAGCAAGAUCUCAAAAACUGGGUGUCUCAGCUGGAAAUAUCAGAAUCUUCGUCUCAGUCGAGCAAGGUCCAGAGAGUAACCUGCCUGUUGGGUGCAAAAGUGAGAGAGAUGUGGAUCAACAAGGAGAUCAAAGCAGCGCUCCAGGAGGUCCUCGAGAGGCUGAGGGAGUACACGGCUCAGAAGCGCUGUCCUUUUCCGCACGUGAUGCGGACUGGCGCCGUGUUUCUCCCCAUGCUGGUGGUGAAGGAGCUGCUGUUUCCGACGGUCCAGGGCAGCUUCAUUGACAAAGUGCUGCAGGAACACAAGGUGGAGCUGCGGCCCACCACGCUCUCUGAAGAGAAGAUCCUGAUCCAGCUUCAUAAGCGAGCCUGCUCUUCCAAGCUCAGAAGGCUGAUCUCCCUCAAACACCUGCCAGACAUUUACACAGAGGUGGUCAACCUGCUGUACUAUACUUACGUCUGCAAACAUUUGGGACUAAAUAUGAAUCCUACUUAUAAAGAACAAGAUGGGGGCCAUGACGUUUCAAAUAGUGGCACUCCUGUUCCUUGUGACGCCCCAACCUCUCCAUCAGAGUCACACCAUCAGAGAUGUCUAAAGGAAGAGGAGAACGAAACAUCUCCUAGCAAGAGUAAAACCAAAAGCAGAGUAAGGAGUGCUUUGAGGCAUAUUUUUCUGGACAAAAGCUUGUCUGAUGAAGAAGCGACAGGUGAUGCAGAGCAGACAGUUGUUGAAGGUGAUCUGAAAUCAUUUAUAAAUGAAACUCCUGGAGCCCAUCAGAUGGAGAAUAAAGAAUCUGAUCACAUAGCUGCAGAGCAGGAAUCUAUGGCUGCAACACAAAGACCAUCAGCUGAGAAUUCCUGGACAUGUCCAUUAACGUUGGACGAGCUGUCUCCGUCUCAUAGCGAUGCUGAAACUGAGAGCUCCUCAAGUCGGUUACCCGACAAUCCAGCUUCAGGACGUCCGGCCCAAUCCAAGAACUGCUCAGGCAUGAUUCUUAAACUAAGGAAGAUGCUCAGUGGAGGUCUAAACAGAAAACGGGUUUGCUACGAAGCUGUGUUGCAGUCCGGGACGCUUGCCAAGCCUUCAUCAUCACAGAUUGAAGCUGGAGAGGGUGUAGGCAGCGACCAGCACAGGAUGCCUAAAGCACCGCGCAGGUGGAAGGCAAAAGGAAGCUUCUGUCAUCCUGAUAGGUCCCUCAACAGUCCCCCCAAAACUAAACAAAGGUCUCUGCUUAAGAUCAAAUACUGUCCCUACUUGUCCGCCUGCCACAGCGCCGAGCACAGGAGGCGGUGGGUGCUGCGCUCAGCUGUCCAGACAGCUCGGAGGGCCAUGAGGUUCUACUACCCAGAUUUGGUGGGAAAGAGGAUACGGCACCUGUAUGAGGAAGACGACAAAUCAGAGGUGUGGUACAGAGGUGAGGUGCUGUGUAUCCAUGAGGCUCACACCAACCCUCUGAAGACCAUAUUUGAAGUGAGGUACGACAGCGAGCCAGAGUGGAAGUACUACCUGGAACUGAUGAUAGACUACAAGAAGGGCUGGCUUAAAAUAGAAGACUAAACAUUCCUCAAGUUUUCCUUUUGAAGGGUUGCGGUCAAAGAGUACAAAAAUGAAGAAUGAAGCUAGACUGUAUAAUGUUUUGGCUUUUUUUUUAUCAAGUCUUGCAGACAUUACCUGAGAUGCUUUGUUCUUUGAGAUGCAGAUGAUGAUGUUGUCUUUGACACACAGUGGCUUAAAGGAGUUUACAAAUUGAAGUAUAUUCCACCAUGAUGUAUAUUUUGAUAACAAUGUCCCUUUUUUAUCUAAUAUAAAUCUUUAAACAGUGCCACGUGGGUUUGUGUAUGUUUGCCGCUCUUAAUUUGCAGUCAUUUCUUUUUGUUGUUGGAGCAAAUUAUGCUCAAUGGGCAUUAAGGUACGUUACAGUUGUGUUCAUAGUAAUGGCAGUAGAUUUAAACACACUGCCAUGAGUAAAGCCCCCAAUCCUUAGAAUAGUUUUUAUUUCCAUGCACUGGGAACACUUCACAUUAUAUUCUAAAUCAAACCAUGGACAAAAAUGUAUCAAUCUUUUCGUCACAUUACAGAAAAUGAACAAUUGGCAGUGAACAAAAUAGCAGUGUCUGCAAUUUUCUUUACAAACUCAAAUAUUGACUAUAUAAACUGAAAUUGUUUUUAGGAUUUGUCAUUCCUGUGAAUCGCUAAACUAAUAUUUAGUUGUACAACCACUGUUUCUGAGAACUGUUGCAGGAAGUCGGACAACUUCUGGCACAUGUGAACAGCUAUUCCAGCCCAAGAUGAUUUGACAACAUUCCACAAUUCAUCUGUGCUUCAUGGUUUUGCCUCAGAAACAGCAUUUUUGACAUCACUCCACAAGUUUUCAUUUGGAUUAAGGCCGGGGGACUUGGUUGGCCACUACAUAAUGUUUGAUUUUGUUGGUCUAAAACCAAGAUGCUGCCCACUUACUGGUGUGUUUGGGGUCAUUGUCUUGUUGACACACCCAUUUUUAGGGCAUUUCCUCUUUGGCAUAAGGCAACAUGACCUCUUCAAGUAUUUCGAUAAAGGCAAACUGAUCCUUGAUCCCUUGGUCUUCAGAUUGUACUCUGGUUUCAACUCAGUGUUUGGGGGUCGUCUGGCAAAUUGUCUGCAGCUCUUGGACCCAAAAAGAACAAUCUUACUUUCAUCAGUCCAUAACAUGAUUCAUUUCUCUGUAAGCCAGUUGAUGUUUUUGGAAAUUUUUAUUCUGGUCAGCAGGUUUUUUUUUUUGCAGGGGCUUCUUGCCGAUAGAUUAGCUUCACACAGGCUUCUUCUAAUUGUCACAGAACUCACCGUUAACUUCAGACCUUUGAUCACCCUGGAGCCGAUCAUUGACUGAGUCUUUGCCAUUCUGGCUAUACUUCAGUCCAUUCGAUUGGUAGUCUUCUCCAUCUCUCUGGUUUUGCUUUCCAUCUUAAAGCAUUGGAGUUCAUUUUAGCUGAGCAGCCAAUCAUUUCUGCACAAAUGUAUGCACAUUUGCAUACGUUUUCCCCUCUCCAAUCAACGUCUAAAUCGAAGUACGUUGUUGUUCUGAGCAAUCCCUGGAACGACCCGUUUGUGUCAGGUUUUCAGAGAGAGAUGCAUGUACAUGUGAUGGUGUGAUCCUUAUAUAAAGGCCGCCUGCUUUUUCAGAGAAAAAUGACAUCAGAAAUUGAACUCCACACUGCUAUUUUGAACACACCUCUUUCAAUAGUUUCAUUUCACAAAGUUGGGAGCAUGUAUAUAAUGAAUGUUGGUUCUCUAUGACUCACCUACUUGUAAAUUAUUUGCCAUGACUGAUCUGGUUAGUGUAGUUGGACUGCUAUUCUUUUGAACAUUUUUUUAUGUGGAGCUGCUCAAGACUUAUUUUUUUCAAAUAACCAACGUCAGAUUUUCGAAUGGAAGUAUGAACUCAACAUUUUGACAUUUGCUCAUGACUGCACCUCAAACUGUUUUUACAUUUUGUAUGAUUUUUUUCUUAAGAUUCUUUGAGAGUGAACAGACUGAACUUUCUUAUGGUCUUAAAAAUAAAUGUUUUUCUACUGAAAGCA